AUGCAACAUGAUGGGAAGAAUACGGAUGAUAUGAAGAAUCUUCCGCAAGAGUCGCUUAAGAACGAACAUCUUUUGACAGAGGAUGCCAAGUCAGCAUCACAUCUAUAUCAGAACAUGCUACUGCAGUCACAUGAACCAGAAAAGCAUAUAGCUUCUACAGUAAUACAAAGUAAAUUACACUUAUCUGACCCCAAAAUCACAGCCUUAUCAGGUGCAUUGGCUGGUUUCUUAUCAGGUAUUAUUGUUUGUCCCUUGGAUGUUACGAAAACGCGAUUACAAGCACAAGGUAUCCAAUCGAUAGAAAAUCCAUAUUAUAGAGGCGUAUUGGGUACUAUGUCCACAAUUGUAGUUGAUGAAGGUGUCAGAGGGUUGUAUAAGGGUCUUAUUCCUAUUAUAUUGGGUUAUUUUCCUACUUGGAUGAUUUAUUUUUCAGUUUAUGAGUUUGCCAAGGAUUUAUAUCCAAGAGUGCUUCCAAACUCAGAUUUUAUUUCUCAUUCAUGUUCUGCAAUUACUGCAGGUGCAGCUUCUACUGUUUUGACAAAUCCUAUAUGGGUUGUUAAAACAAGACUUAUGUUACAAACCCCUUUGGGAGAGUCAAGAACACAUUAUAGAGGAACCAUAGACGCAUUCAAGAAGAUUAUAACCCAAGAGGGAGUACGGACAUUAUAUACUGGGCUGGUACCGUCAAUGUUUGGUUUAUUGCAUGUAGCAAUCCAUUUCCCUGUAUAUGAAAAACUGAAAAAUAGACUUCACUGUGAUACUAUAACUGGGGGGCAUAAUUCUCAAGAGCAUUCUUUACACUUAACAAGACUUAUAAUAGCAUCUUCCGCUUCCAAGAUGCUGGCAUCUAUAUUAACAUAUCCGCAUGAAAUAUUACGAACGAGAAUGCAAUUAAAAUCUGACAAAUUACUAAUUUCAAAGCACAAACUCCUGGAUCUCAUAAAGAGGACAUACAGAUAUGAAGGGCUGCUUGGGUUUUAUUCAGGCUUUGCAACGAAUUUGCUUCGGACAGUUCCCGCAUCUGCUAUUACACUAGUAUCGUUUGAAUACUUCAGGAAUGCACUUUUGAAAAUCAAUCAAGACCAUCCAUCUUUAUAA